AUGCCUACCACUAGACGAUCAGCAGCGGCCGCCCGGGGUCGUCCCGGCCCUGCCAAGGGACAGUCAACAAUCAGCUUCUCGGGCAGGGUUACAAAGGCCGUGCCCAAAGAUUUGAAGAAAGCAGUGACGGAUACCCCUGCGAUUGCUAGAACUACCAUCCCAGAGAGGCCAGCGUCAAAGGACGAAGUCCCCAAGAAGGAAGAGGAGGAGGAAGCGGAAGCAGAGCCUGUUGCUGAAAAAGCUCCAGAGAAAACGGAAGCAGAGCUCAAAGCAGAGAAGAUCACAGAUGCUCAGAUCAAAAAGUACUGGAAAGCGAUUGAGAAGGAGCGCAAGGCGCCUCGAGUGCACCAGGAGGAUCUUGAUUUGGGCGAGAAAGUACUGAGAUACUUUGAUGUGAGCUCGCAGUAUGGUCCUUGCAUAGGAAUCACUCGUGUGAAGCGGUGGCAACGAGCUGAGCGUCUUGGCAUGAACCCCCCAAUUGAAGUUUUGGCGGUUCUUGUGAAGGAGGAGAAUAAAGAGAACGAUGAGGUCGAGACUGCGCAUAUGGAUCGGAUAAUGAAUGCCACGGCUUUGUUUACAUGA